GGACAGCUGCGAUCUGCUUUCCACCGUCGCCUACUGCGUUCAAGUCCACGUCAAUUGGGUCACUUGCUAAGAGUCCAACCAGGUCACGUCACUUUGAGUUUGCGCCCGCCAUGGCCGAGACGACUGCCCCUCCCGCACCCUCCAGGGCUGUGUCGCGCCCCGUCAGCGAGGCCCUCCUGAACGAGAAGUGGGACCGCUGCCUCUCCAACCUCAUCAUCAAGUCCACCCUGGGCGUCGGCUUCGGCGUCGUCUUCUCAGUGCUGAUCUUCAAAAGGAGGGCGUGGCCCGCGUUUGUAGGUGUUGGCUUCGGCGCGGGGCGGGCAUAUGAGGAGUGCAACUACAGCCUGAAGGCGGCGGCGCGGGACAUCAAGAAGCAGGUAUGAAGCGCGAACAGGGUCGGGGGGGAGGAGCUGGGCUGGAGGCGUUCGGCAAACCACGGUAAUUGAGUGAUCACCAGCUCAUAAUGGCGUGGAUAGAGAGCGGAUGGCGUGGGCAGGCCAACCGGCUGUACAAACCCUGUUCCAUCAGUUCAACUUAGAGGCAUAAGAUGCGAGUUUUCCUUUGUUUGGCUUGAGACUAAGGCGUGUCCUCUCGCUACAGUAAUCAAACGCGGAAUCGAUUCAAAAACCAGAGCUGUUGCUAGCUGUAUAGUCC